GCUCUUUCGUGAGCGGCGGCCGGCUGCGGGGGCGGGGGGCGGGGGGCGGCGCCAUGUGGAGCGGCCGCAGCUCCUUCACCAGCCUGGUGGUGGGCGUGUUCGUGGUUUACGUGGUGCACACCUGCUGGGUCAUGUACGGCAUCGUCUACACUCGCCCGUGCACCGGCGACGCCAACUGCAUACAGCCAUACCUGGCUCUGCGGCCCAAGCUGCAGCUGAGCGUGUAUACCACCACACGGUCCAGCCUUGGGGCCGAGAACAACGUGGACCUGGUCUUGAACGUGGAAGACUUUGACGUGGAGUCCAAAUUUGAAAGGACAGUUAAUGUUUCUGUACCAAGGAAAACACGAAACAAUGGGACACUGUACGCCUACAUCUUCCUGCAUCACACUGGGAUGCUGCCCUGGCAUGAUGGCAAGCAGGUGCACCUGGUCAGUCCUCUGACCACCUACAUGAUCCCCAAACCAGAGGAAAUCAAUCUGCUGAUGGGGGAGACUGCUGUGCAGCCGCAGAUAGAAGCUGAGAAGAAGCCAUCGAGUGCCCUGGACGAGCCUGUCUCUCACUGGAGGCCCAGGCUGACACUGAACGUGAUGGUAGAUGACUUUGUUUUCGAUGGGUCCUCGCUGCCCGCCGAUGUGCACCGGUACAUGAAGAUGAUCCAGCUGGGGAAGACAGUGCACUACCUCCCCAUCCUGUUCAUCGACCAACUGAGCAACCGCGUGAAGGACCUGAUGGUCAUCAACCGGUCCACCACCGAGCUGCCGCUCACCGUGUGCUACGACAAGAUCUCGCUGGGGCGGCUGCGCUUCUGGAUCCACAUGCAGGACGCGGUGUACUCCCUGCAGCAGUUUGGGUUUUCGGAGAAGGACGCCGAUGAGGUGAAGGGCAUUUUCGUGGAUACAAACUUGUACUUCCUGGCGCUGACCUUCUUUGUUGCAGCUUUCCAUCUCCUUUUUGAUUUUCUGGCAUUUAAAAAUGACAUCAGUUUCUGGAAGAAAAAGAAGAGCAUGAUUGGAAUGUCCACCAAAGCAGUGCUCUGGCGCUGCUUCAGCACCGUGGUCAUCUUCCUGUUCCUGCUGGACGAGCAGACGAGCCUGCUGGUGCUGGUCCCGGCCGGCGUUGGGGCUGCCAUCGAGCUCUGGAAGGUGAAGAAGGCCCUGAAGAUGACCGUGGCGUGGCAAGGCCUGAGGCCUGUGCUGCAGUUUGGCACCUACAGUGAGUCUGAGAGGAAGACUGAGGAGUACGACACGCAGGCCAUGAAGUAUCUGUCCUACCUCCUGUACCCUCUGUGUGUCGGGGGUGCUGUCUACUCGCUCCUCAACAUCAGGUACAAGAGUUGGUAUUCGUGGCUCAUCAACAGCUUUGUGAAUGGAGUCUACGCUUUCGGCUUCCUCUUCAUGCUGCCGCAGCUCUUUGUGAACUACAAGAUGAAGUCCGUGGCACACCUGCCCUGGAAGGCCUUCACCUACAAGGCCUUCAACACGUUCAUUGAUGACGUCUUUGCCUUCAUCAUCACCAUGCCCACAUCCCACCGGCUGGCCUGCUUCCGGGACGACGUGGUCUUCCUGGUCUACCUGUACCAGCGAUGGCACAUCCUGCCCCACUGCGGUUCAGUGUCUGGCGGAGGUCACAGCACGGCGUCCAGCGGGUGCAGGCCAGGCCCCCAAGGGCUGUGCGUCCUGCAGGCUUUAUCCUGUGGAUAAGAGCAGAGUGAACGAGUUUGGAGAGUCCUACGAGGAGCAGCCCAUGCAGAAGCCUCACGCAGAGUGACCACCGCCAGGUGCUGUAGGCAGGCCCCGCUCGCCAUGAGGGGAAUUCCUGACACCACCUCUUCCUCGUUGCCAAAUCCCUCGGGACAUCUCUGUACCUCCACAGCACCUCUGCCUUUGGGAGGCCGCAGAAUCGCAAGGGUGCCCGAUUCGCCUGUGAGCCUGUGUCUGGCACAGCGGCGCUGGCGGUCACCCCGGGCGGCUCUCGGCAGGAACCCUGGGGGCUGGGCUGGCCUCCUGGUGUCCCCACCCCACAGGCCCCCCAGACACUGCAGCCCUUGGAGGAUGUGGGGUUCCACGUCGAGUUGUUUUAAGUGCUCCUUAUGUGAACUUCAAUGCAUAUGGAAAGUCAUUCUAAUACUCUGGGAUCAAAUGGCUUUUUCCUUUUUGUUUAAAAGUUGUUUUAAAGCUUAAUGUAUGUAUGUUUCUAUUUUUAAAUAAAUUUCUCUGGCUGUGAUAUUUUCUGA